UUAUCUUGUUUAUCUACAUUUUUUCAUAUCACAGAAUCAGCAUCCCUUCAUCCGGUUGUCGUGUUUAUUCAUGGUGAAUCAUAUGAAUGGAAUUCUGGUUCAGUUUAUGAUGGAUCCAUUUUAUCAUCUUUUGGAAAUGUUAUAGUUGUUACAAUAAAUUACCGUCUCGGUGUUUUAGGUUUUUAUCCAGCCAUGGAUGGAUCAUCCAGAGGUAAUUUUGGUUUAAUGGAUCAAGUUGCUGCUCUUCAUUGGAUUCAAGAAAAUAUUGAAGGCUUUGGUGGUAAUCCUGGUAAUGUAACUAUCCAUGGACAUGGUCAUGGAGCUGCUCUAGUUAACCUGCUCAUGCUUUCACCAAUGGCCAAGGGUUUAUUUCAUCGAGCAAUUAUGCAAAGUGGAUCAGCUUUAUGUCCUUGGGCUCUUGCUAGUAAUGCUAUUAAAUAUGGCCGAGAAUAUGCUCAAGCAAUUGGUUGUUACCAAGAAGAUUUCAAGAGUUCACAGGUUGUUGAUUGCCUUCGACACAAAACAAUUGCCGAAUUAUUAUCCGUCCAAAUACCAAGCCCACGAUUUCUUACCGGAUUUGGUCCAUUGAUUGAUGGUAUUGUGAUUGCCAAUGAUCCUUUAUCAAUGAUGAACGAUCCAACUUCCACAUUUGCCUCAUACAAUCUAAUCAUUGGUGUAACCCGCCUUGAAUCUUACAACCUGUUUAGUUCUUAUGAUUUUGAUGAAGGCCUCAAUGAAAUGCGUCGUGAUAAAAUUAUACGAACUUUGGUUCGUAAUGUUUACUCCUAUCAUCUACAGGAAAUAUAUUUAACCAUUAGCAAUGAAUACACCGAUUGGACACAAUCCAAUCCUAAUACCCAGCUGACAUUGGAAUCUUUAUCUGAAUUAUUAAGUGAUGCCUUGUUCGUUGGACCCGUCAUAAAGACAGCACUUAUCCACUCAAAAUUGACUAAAUCAACCAAGCUGUACUACUUCAGUCAUACAUCAAAUUUAAUGUUAACUAAUCACAGUCGCCUAGUUUCUGUCCAUGGACAAGAUUUACCAUACUCUUUGGGAAUUUAUCUUUUACCUGAGUAUCACUCAGUAAAUAAUCACUCUCGAGUUGAUAUUAUACUCUGUGAAAUAAUGAUGAAAUAUUGGUCCAAUUUUAUUCGAGAUGGUGAUCCAAAUGGUAGGAAUGUUACGACCUCAAAUGGACCAGAAUCUCGAUCAGAAUCAAUUCACUAUUGGCCUUCUUAUGAUUACCUUCAACAACAAUAUCUUUUAUUAAAUACUAAGCCUAAACUGAAGGACCAUUAUCAUGCUCAUCGUCUUUCAUAUUGGCUCAAUUUAAUCCCAAAACUUCACUCACCGGGUACAAUGGCUUUUGGUGAUCACCAUUUGCUUGAAGAUCACGAUAAUCCAAACACUUAUGAAGGAUUGAUUCGACCUUCUACAUCCAGUGGUUCAACUGAUCGAGUGCCUGAAUUACCUGCAAACCGAACCGAACUCAUGAUUUAUGGUAAAACAGAGAGUUCACUUAAGCGCAGUGGUGGUAUUGGUGGGUCCAAUGAAAGUCAAUCUGAUACAAGUUUAACUGGAUCUCAUUCAUUGGUCGGACCCAAUGGUGGUUCAACCAAAGGUGCCUUAAAUAAAUCUGAUCAAAUGAAUGGCACUUUUUCAAUGAUAGUACAAGAUAAUCCUUAUUCAAAAGCAUUAAGUGUCACUAUUGCUGUUGGCUGUUCCCUGCUUAUACUCAAUAUAUUGGUAUUUGCCGGAGUUUUCCUUCAUCGAGACAGAACCUACCGAGGUCGACAAAACUCACUAGCAUGUCGAAAUCGAGCAAACUGUACCGAUCCAAGAGGGAUUCACUAUAAACCAACGAAUAGAGUUAAAUUUACAAAAGUGACUGAUGAACAAGUACAGAACUGUAUCCAACAUUGCCAUUACAAUGUUGAUUCAACCAAUAAUGAUAACUUUAAUGGUGACUGUUCUGGCCACUAUCAUUAUCAACAUGCUUCUGAAUCUUGUGUUGGACAUGCAACUGGACCAGGAGAAACUGAUCAAUGUAACUGUCCCUUGGUCAACUUGACAUAUUACGUUUGCGAUUGUCAUGAAACUAAUAUGGAUAACCAUGUUUGCAAGGCGAUUGAGGAACGACAAGAUAAACACGAAAAUGUAAACAUUGUUGGUAACGAUGAGCAAUUUGGAACCACAACACAGCAGCUUUUAGAAGAUAAUUAACUGAUUUCAACCAAACAAACAUUGUACAGCAAAUUCAAUGUUUAAAUUUUUUUCUAUUACAAAUUCUUAAUUUAAAGACAAAAAUCAAUCGUAUAGUAUGUCUUAUUUUGAUAUAAAUUGUAUAUUUUAAAUACUUUAAUCAAUUUAUUUGAACAAACAUCAAUCUUUCUAGUCUACUUUUGUAUCAUUGCAUAUUUAAAUCAAUAAUACAUCACAAAUCUAUUAAAAAACCAAUUUAUUAAUUUUAAAAUUUU